AUGUUGAUUCGCUGCCUCUGUCUAACACUCGCGACAUCGACGCUGGGCUUCUCAUCGUUUCCAGGGGCGCCGACGACGUACUCACCAUUGAGGCCAUCCCUGGACAAGACCAAACGCGGUGUCAUUGAAAUUGGUCCAAGGACCAGUUCCUGGGCCAGUUAUGGGUCGUCUCCAAAAUCCGGUCCGGAGUAUUCGUCCUCUCUAGCCCAGGACGCGCCAUCAUCGUCGCUCUCCGCGUCUUCGAGUUCGGCUUCCGAAUACCCCAAUGUCAAGAACUCCAAUCUUGGAAGUCCUUACUACGAACGAGUGCAAGCUUUCCACGGAGUCAGCCAACAGCCAGUUUCUAGUUAUGGGUCUAGCCAACAAUUAGCUAAUUACGGAUCCAGUCAACAACCUGCUUCUAGCUACGGAUCUAGCCAACAACCAACAUCCAACUACGGAUCUAGCCAACAACCUACAUCCAACUACGGAGCUAGCCAACAACCAACAUUCAACUACGGAUCCAACCAACAGGGGUCCAAUCGAGGGGACUAUUAUGCGGUACCGAGUAGAGGCUCCGGAUCUCAGGGGGGUCCAGGAACCAGCAGCUACCAAGCUCCAACCUCCCAGGGUGGACCGGGUCUCAGCGGCUACCAAACCUCCCCCAAGCACCUGGUGAAACAGGUCCACGGGACUACUGGUUUGGGCAAUUCGCACCUGAGCACCCCACACUACGACACCUACGUCAAUUCCCCGACUACGUUGAAGGUCGCCGCUGAUGGAGCCCAUCAUUCACCUCAGGAGAAGGCAUCCAGCGAUGGCCCUUCGCCCAGCUACGGGAGUCCCUCGUUCUCCAGCUUCUCCAGCCACCCUUCAGGGGCCUACUCUUUUGGGGGUAGCCCUCUUUACACCUCAGCCACGCAUCUACAUCACGCAGGUCCAGCCCCGAUCUACAAGUACGCCUACCCCAGGAACUCUGAGCUCUCGCACACGUACGCUCCUCGUCAUCAGAACGCCGCCAACUUCGCGGCCACCAAUCUGAACUCUCAUUACUCGGGGCUGCCGACCGUGGAGUUCAAUGGAAAGAAGAUCUCCCUGCCGAUCCUGCAGCUGCAGAGCUCCCAGAGCAUGCCGUCCUUUGUCCAGGCGAUCGAGGCCCAGCCCGUGAUCCUGGGCUCUGGUCUGGACUUCCAGCCCGACCUGGCCUUCGACUACAACUUCAAGCAUAGCUCACCACCUCAAACCAGGUCUGCGCCCGUUAUCAGGGCUGAUAGCACCUUCAAUCGGGCUCAGGUGCUACCUGUGCAUACCGCCAGGAGCACACCUGAGUUCCCGCAGUACCAAGGCGCCAGAGUAGGCGCUUUCCCGUCUUUCGGCUACGAUCGACCCAUAGGCCAGUAUCAGGCUCUGACUUCGCAGCCACAACUGCACUUUACCAACGCCAAUCAACCUGCUGCCACUCACCAGGUCAUCAACGCGAACCCCAACGCGGAGAUUAGAGAGGACGUGGAGAUCAUCAAGAAGAAGAAGCCCCAUUCGCCACCUCGACACGACGAGGAGGAGGAUCAGAGGAAUGAUGGAUACUCCCCAGCUAAUAAGGACUACGGUCGCCAGGAGGAAUCCUCCCGUCCCAGCAAGUUCCCGAAGACGGAGUACAAAUCUCCCAAGUCUUUCCCUUUCAAGUCCUACGACGAGAAGUUCGGCAAGUUCUCGAAGGCUGCCUUCGAGGGUAGCUUUCCCAGCAGGCAGUUUUCCAAGUUCCGUCGCAUGCACACAUCCGGAGAAGAGGAGAACGACCACGACGGGAGACCCUCUAAGUACCAUUCGGACUAUGCGCACCCGAAGUCACAACAGGCGAAGAAGACGUCGGAGGAGCAUCCCGAAACCGAAGAGGAGGACGACGACGAAGAGUACGAGGGAGAGUCUCAGAGGCACGAGCAGGAAGAUGACGCGGAAGAAGAGGAAGAGGAGUCGGCACCCAAGUCCAAGGCCUACAGGGACUAUGGAAGAGAGUUCGAGAAGGAGUUCGAGGAGUCCUACAGGAGGGAACUUCCGAGGAACAAGUACGAGCACGUGAAAGAAGUGCCGGACAUUGACGAAUCGUCGUACACCUCCAAUAAGAAGACAUCCGGUACUCAGGACUCGCCCAGGUCGUCGAGGAGUAGCUCCGACGACAGAUCGGACAGCUCGGAGGAGUCCGAGGAGCAACAUGGAACCAAGCACUCGCCGAAGAAAAUCAAAUCGCCGAAGUACCCCUCCUACGAGGACUACGUAGGUCACGGGACCAGCGAGAACUCGAAGAAGUCGCCUAAGAUCGUCCACGAAGACUCCUACGGGUACCAGAAGCCGGAGGAGAAGAGCUACACGAAAUACGUGAAGGACGACGACGGCAAUGAGAAGUACUCCAAUGUGCAGAAGGGCCCCAAGGGCGAUUCCUACCGCCAUUCGACCAAGUCGUCCUUCAAGUCGGCAUCCCCGAAGAAGGGCGACAACGGGUCCUACGAAUCCGGCGAUUCCUAUUCCUUCUCGUCAGGAAACAGCUGGGAGUCCAACAAGAAACCCACCCAGAAGUCCGACUCCUCCGGAAACGCGAGCAGCACCGUCAGCUCCAGCGUACCUACACACCCUGAAGGGGAAAGCUCGUCAGCGUCAGCGGAAAGUCGAACCAACCCACGAUACAUACCCACCGAGAUCGUCCUCCGGGAUCUCAUAGGGAUCUAG